AUGGCCAUUGCCCAAGGAAAACAUGUUUCCGUGUCUAGCGUAGGCAAAUUCUCCGAGAUCCUGUCCCCGCGUGGCAUCCCAGAGCCGAUCGUUCAAGCGCCAGGCCCGCAUCGCUGCUCGACAAGGCCCUCGCUCGGCGGUGAAGGCCCGUCUCUGGCGCGGAUAAAAGAGACGGUGCAACCUCUGGGAGCCCGGAACCCAACGCUGGGGAGGGGGCUCUGCGACGUCAACCCCAAGACUGGAACCCCGAGACCGGACUCUUUCGAGGGCAGCACCCAACGGCACGCGGCCAAAUGCCGGACCGCCCACGGCAAUGCAGUCUCCGGCAUGCCAGAAUGGGCAACCCCACCGAUGGCACUGCUCCCAGAUCGAGCCUCCACGUGCUUGGAUCUGGUCCCGUCGGCGUGGGGUGUCGGGCGCGGCUGA